CCCGUGUUGACCAGGACUGACCCUAUUUUCAGGUGCAAUGCCUUCAAGCCACAUUGUCUACAACGGCCUGCUCAUCCAAUGACAUCAGCUGUCUCUGUAACGACGCAAACUUCAUAGCAGCUACUGGAGCCUGCAAUGCGGCCAAUUGUUCCGUCGUAGAGGUGUUGCAGUCCACCAACGAAACCUAUGCUGCCUGUGGUAUUCCCAUACGCGACCAGCGUCCCACGUUGGUGGGAGUCACCGCAUCCUUCGGAGCUCUGGCUUUGGUGAUGGUUGUUAUGCGACUGAUGGAUCGAGGCAACUCUGCGCAAGCGAGGCUCGGAUGGGAUGACUUGCUGAUUGCCCUAUCAGGACUCUCAUCCAUUGGAAUCAACGCACCCGUAAUCGUCGCUGCUGAUUUGGGAUUCGGAAGAGAUAUGUGGGGAAUCCCACCCGACAAUAUUACCGCAAGCUUGAAAUGGCUAUAUGUUGCCUACUUCAUGUACAUGGCCACCGAGUGUCUGUGUCAACUCUCCAUCCUCGCCUUUUACUUGCGCGUCAUGAUCGAACGCAAGUUGCGUAUGGCUGUUUGGGGUUUAACCGGGGUGGUCAUCGGCUUCGGACUUGCAAAUUUCCUCGCCAUGCUCUUCCAGUGCACGCCUAUUCCUUACUUCUGGGACGGCUGGAGGGGCGAGAUGUCUGGAUUUUGCGGUGUUGACGUGCAGUUGUUUGGCUUCGCUCGAGGCGGCAUCGAGAUCUUCCUCGACUUGGCUAUCUUGAGUCUGCCACUGCCGAUGUUGGCCAAACUGAACAUGUCGAGGAAGAAGAAACUCCAAAUCAUGUCCAUGUUCUGUGUCGGUUUUGUCAUCACAGUCGUCAGCUGCCUCCGACUCUGGUCCUUUGUCCAGUUUGCGCAGACCCAGAAUCCGACAUAUGACAACACUUCCGGCCUUUACUGGUGUGCGACCGAGUCUAAUCUUUUCAUUAUCGUCGCCUGUAUGCCAGCCAUGCAUGCAAUCAUGCACAAAGCGUUGAGACGCAUUCGUGGUGGUAGUAGCACCUACGCAAGUAAGGGCCAACAUGAUGUCCCAAGCAGAGGAUCGUACUUGCGCCACAACUCGGAUCGGCGCCAGGACUCGCUGCCUUUUGGCACAAUCCAGAAGAGUACGGACGUGAACAUCUACCGCAGUGAACGAUCGAGUUCGGACGUUGAGCUGGUUGGCCGCCCACCUUGCUAGUAGUCGAAAUACCAAAGAGAAAUAUACCUUGUUACAAGCAAACAAUGUGUCUCAACGGCCCGCACUCUCAAAACGUCGCACCCUCACAUGCAAAUGGUUGAACACCAAACAAUCUAUUUUGGGAUACUACGUAUUGCAGUGUUAUAUGGACUCUUCGACGUUU